CCGCAUGAGAAAGUUGCCAUUGAAGUAAAGCAGAGCUGGACGGUGGGCUAUGUUCGCUGUGUGGGAGUUGUUUCAAAACCUGACAACAUAUUUUCUUUCUUUUUUUCUUCAUUUAUUUUACGGAUACACUUUGGGUCUAAACUCAGCAAUGAGAGAAGUGAAUAUUUUUGUUAUUGUCGGCUGUCAAACAGCCAUCUAGCGUCCGUAGACGAGUCAAUUGGCAACUCUUCACUUCAAUUAACUUGUGUGGAUUAGUCUCUGAUGCUCCCACGGCCAACAAUUAACGGCGAUCUCUUCACUGUCUGGCCGCUUGAAUCUCUCUCUAGUUUGUUUAUUAUAUAUAUAUAUAUNUUGUGUUUUUUUGUUUUGCUCUGGAGUACACCGGACCCCGCAGAUGUCGAAGUGAAUGAAGUGCCCCAGCCUCGUGGUUUCUAGUUUCUCAAAUAGGUACAGGAGGAAGGGGCAGUGAUUUAGCUACCUCCAACUAAUGAGCCGUUUCCAGUGUUUUCCCGGUUGAUUUACGGUCGCAGCGCCUUUAGACCUGAGGACACACAUCGACCAAGAGAGAGAGCAGAGUGAAAGCAGGGAUUCACAUUCAACGGCCGGUGAACUGGGACGGUACAGUAGCGAGGGAGGAGGCAGUUGGCGGUGUUUUUUUUUUUUUUAAUGAACCAUAGUUGGUCGUAAUACCACCAGCGGAUGGAUUAGUCUUAAACCGGAGAAGCCACCAUCCUACAUCCUAACUUGGUUUUCAGCAGAAACCGGUUACAUCCUCUCGGAGACAGCGAUGUUUCCCCAGGGGCGACACUCGACUCCCCACCAGGCUCCAGGCCAGCCCUUCAAGUUCACCAUCCCAGAAUCACUGGACCGCAUCAAGGAGGAAUUCCAGUUUCUCCAAGCACAGUACCACAGUCUCAAACUUGAAUGUGAGAAACUGGCCAGUGAGAAGACAGAGAUGCAGAGACACUACAUCAUGUACUAUGAGAUGUCCUACGGUCUCAACAUUGAAAUGCAAAAACAGACUGAGAUUGCCAAGAGACUAAAUACCAUCUGUGCACAAGUCAUUCCCUUUCUCUCACAGGAGCAUCAACAGCAGGUGGUUCAAGCUGUGGAGCGAGCGAAACAGGUGACUAUGGCAGAGCUUAAUGCUGUCAUCGGUGUACGUGGACUGCCAGGUCUUCCACCUACACAGCAGCACCUAUCCCACAAUCAUGGUGGUGCCCCUGUACCUCUCACUCCUCACCCUGCUGGGCUCCACCUCUCACAGCUGGGUGGUUCAGCUGGUCUCCUGGCUCUUUCCGGGGCACUACCUCCCCAUUUGGCAGGAAAAGACAGUGGUGAUAAAAAGCCCCACCUCUCUGGAACAGACACGCACAGUGGAGUACCUGAACACCUGAUAGAACGAGAGCCUGGAACUAGUAACUCAGUGCUGCCAGAAAGUCUUGGGAACUCAGAUAAGUGUCAAAAUGGGCCAGAGUUUCCAAAUGACUUGAAAAAACGCAAAGUGGAUGACAAAGAUUCUAGCCACUAUGACAGUGAUGGGGAAAAGAGUGAUGACAAUUUAGUGGUGGAUGUUUCAAAUGAGGACCCUGCCUCUCCUCGUGGGACUUCUCUGCCCUCACCCAGAGAGAAUGGCCUAGACAAAGCACGUCUUCUCAAGAAGGAUCCCUGCAGUCCAGCCUCCACAGCAUCUUCAGCGAGCUCCUCCUCCCUCAAGUCCAAAGAAAUGGCAAUGUGGGAGAAGGCAGGUACACCUGGGCUUAAGUCAUGCACACCCACACCUCGAGGUGACUCCACCCCGGGUCCAAGCACCACACCUGGAAUUCGACCCAGUCUGUCUAAACCCCCCUCCAUGGAGAUACCACAUCCGCCAACUGCAGGUUUGCGGACACCACUUGCUGUUCCAGGUCCAUACCCAGGUGCGUUUGGUAUGUUACCCCAUGCAGCAGGGAUGAACGGAGAGCUAGCUGGUGCAGCUGGAGUGGCAGCCUACGCUGCUGGACUACACAACAUGUCACCUACAGACGAGUCCGGCGCCUCCCCUGCCGCUGUAGCAGCGUACAGCCGUUCACCCAUGGUUGGAUUUGAUCCUCAUCCUCACAUGCGAGUUCCUGGAAUACCUCCUAGCCUGACGGGAAUUCCAGGCGGAAAGCCUGCCUAUUCUUUUCAUGUGGCUGCUGAUGGUCAAAUGCAGCCUGUUCCAUUUCCCCCUGAUGCUUUGGUCGGUCCAGGGAUCCCUCGCCAUGCCCGUCAGAUCAACACGCUGAACCAUGGUGAGGUGGUUUGUGCUGUUACCAUCAGCAACCCCACACGACAUGUCUACACAGGUGGGAAGGGCUGUGUCAAAGUCUGGGACAUUAGCCACCCAGGAAAUAAGAGCCCAGUGUCACAGCUGGACUGUUUGAAUCGAGACAACUACAUUCGUUCCUGCCGUCUCCUCCCUGAUGGCCGAACACUAAUAGUGGGUGGUGAGGCGAGCACUUUGUCAAUCUGGGAUUUGGCCACACCCACGCCUAGGAUUAAGGCAGAAUUAACAUCAUCAGCGCCAGCGUGCUACGCUCUGGCCAUCAGCCCAGACUCUAAAGUCUGCUUCUCCUGUUGCAGCGAUGGAAACAUUGCAGUGUGGGAUUUACACAACCAGACACUUGUUAGGCAGUUCCAGGGGCACACAGACGGUGCCAGCUGUAUUGACAUCUCCAAUGAUGGCACCAAGCUGUGGACCGGUGGCCUGGACAACACAGUCCGCUCCUGGGAUCUGAGGGAGGGGCGGCAACUGCAACAGCAUGACUUUACCUCACAGAUCUUUUCUCUUGGCUACUGUCCGACAGGAGAGUGGCUGGCUGUGGGAAUGGAGAGCAGCAACGUUGAAGUUCUUCAUGUCACCAAGCCUGACAAGUACCAGCUUCAUCUACACGAGAGCUGCGUGCUGUCUCUGCAGUUUGCCUAUUGUGGUAAAUGGUUUGUGAGUACAGGAAAGGACAAUUUGUUGAAUGCGUGGAGAACGCCCUAUGGAGCCAGCAUAUUCCAGUCUAAAGAAUCUUCCUCAGUUUUAAGCUGUGACAUAUCUGUAGACGACAAAUACAUUGUCACUGGUUCCGGCGACAAAAAAGCCACUGUUUAUGAGGUCAUCUACUGAAAAUUUUAUUGGAAAGACAAGGACAUUUGCUGUUUUUCUCCAAAUACUAACAUCCACAUAUGGAUGACCUUGAAGACCAUGGUUUCCCUGUUCUAUCUGCUGAAGAGACACAUGCACAUGGAUAAAUAACUUCAGGAUGUAAAUGUAAAGAGACCAAUGGUUUGCUUGACCUUGUCUGUACUGCUUUCUGCUGUGGACUGCACUGGGAUCAGUUACAAUGAACAACAACUGAAGAAAGAUUUGCAUUGAAGAUGCAUUGGCUGCAUAUUGACUGGGACCAGCUUCUUUGGUUAACACUGUACUAAAUGAAAAAAUAUGAAACACUUUUUAUUACGUGGCAGAGACCAGAUUAAACAGUCCUCGUAUGUGAAACGUGUGCGACAGAGCACAAUGUGCACACAAUAAGAAAAAGCUGGAAAGAUGGAAAAAGUGUUUCUCCCACCGGAGAAAGAUCAUGUUGGUGUGCAGCUCAUCACAUGCUUGUCUCAGCUUUGACCUAAAAAGUUUGGUUUGCUGUAAUAUACAGCCUACACUGUCUGAAAAGUGUUUUCCCUCUCUCAACAGUAAUUCUUAUUCUCACCCACUGCACUGUUUUGAUGGCAGCUUGUAGCUCCCAUUCCACCUGUCUACCUGCAAAGGAGCUAUAAACACAUAUUUAUAAAUGUGAUCAUGUUACUUGGUCAAAACAUCUUCUAAAAGAAGUUUUUCAGAAAGCUUGUGCCCACUGGAUAUGAGAAAUAAACCCAUUAAAUAAACCCAUUAAUUAACAGCAUAAGCUGUGAUGACAUGCCGUCAUGUCAUGUUUUCACCUGGUACUAUAACACUGUGGGUUCCAAAAUUCAUUGAACUGUAUGGCUCCAGUGAUUUAAAAAAUGUUAUGUAUUUAUGUAGUUAUAAGUGUUAUAUUUUAUAAAUAGAUUUCUGUGACAAAAUUAGUUUUCUCCUUUGGAAUGACAUUGUCUGAUAUCAAUAUUUAGGCAUCACCGACAAUUUCACCGUGUAAAAUCUUUGAAGAAAAGACAAGGGGUUAGGGUUAGGAGGUUAGGGUGAGGAACAGAUGACAAUUUACUGCUUAGACUUUAUGUACCGUCAAGAUUAAGAAGACUAUGAAUCAACUGGAUAAUGUUUCCCAAUCACAAAAUACUCUUCCGUGUGGUGUUGCUGACAACUUAACUUUCCUUUUCCUAAUUCUAAUGCUUUGGUGUCUUUUACAAUGUGGUCCAUAGCUGAG